AGAGCCUCUGCAGAGCAAGAAUUGAUGUAGGAAGAGCCAAAAUGGUGGUGGGCAAUCCAGCGUCUCUUCUCACCAUCCCCAUUUCUUCAAUUUCCAAUUCAAUCUCAUUUUGCCUUCUAACUCCAAACGAGUCUCUUACAAUUCAACCCCAUGUCUCCUACAUCUCGAACUUAUCUAAGUCAUUUUCAAUUUCUUCACUCUCUAGUCUCCGCUUCGGUAACAAUUAUUCCCUCUCUUCUCCACAGCAAUCUCAACAUGCCCCUUUCAAAUUCCGCUCUCUUUCAUCCAGAAGAGGUAAUCUUUUUUGUCUUUGUUCAGUAAAGAAGCGAAGCAAGAGCGGCGCUGCCCUUAUGCAAAUGAGCGACUUCGAUGAUGAAAUGGAUGAUGAAUUUGAUGAUUUCGAAGAGGAUGGUAAUUUGGGUGAUUAUGAUGAUGAAGAUGAUGGAAUGUUUGUGCCGUUUGGGAAGAUGAAGAAGUGGCUAGAGAACAAGCCCCGUGGGUUUGGUGAAGGAAAAGUGUAUAACACUUCUACUGAAGACAAGCUGCUCGAGGAAAUGCAAAAGAGUCAACAGGCACAGGCUGCUAAUAUAAAUAAUCUUAAGAAUAAUCCUGUCCAUUCUGCAGCAAACAAAGACGUUAAACAUAAGAAAGCACCUGAAGUUGUACCAAGUGGCAUUCGUGUGUGUGUUGCAAACCUACCAAAGAAAAAGAACAUACAGAGAGAUCUGAAAUCAGCAUUUAAAGAAGUCACUGGUGUUGUUAAUAUAAUCCCAGCUGUUUCCGGAAAUAAAAAGACGAAGGACCCUAUUUGCAAGGGCUAUGCUUUUGUUGAUUUCAAAUCUCAGGAAAAUGCUGAUAGGUUUGUGCGGCAAUUUUCUGGACAAAAAGUAUCAUUUGGCAGGAUUCAGAAGCAGAUAAAGUGUAAAAUGGCAAAUUCUCACUCUAGUGAUGAUGAAUCAGAAGGCAACAUCUACUCUGGUUCAAACUUAAAUGUUCAUGCUCCGCAAGAAAGCUCAAACACUUAUUUUGAUACGGAUGAUUCAUACAUCGAGGAAAAUGUCUCUGAUGUACCUGUUGACUGGGGCAAUGAACUCGUAACAGCAAAAUUGGAGGAUGUGAUGCACAAAAUGGAAUCUUCCAACACAUCAAUCUUAAAUAAUGAUGAUACUGUAGAGCCAAUAUUAGAACAUACAAGCGGUUCAUUUUCCCCGAAGAAACAGGAUAAAAGCAGGACUACUAAGAAAAAUAUUGUUAUGAAGGGGAGAGGAAAGAAGGUUCCCAAGAUGGAAAUCCUAGGAUCUGCAAAGAGGUUAAAGGUCAAAGAGAAGGCUGUCCUGAAUGAUGUCUUCGCUAAAUACAGGUUACAAUCUCCUGUGUCUCAAGGAAAGAGAGCUGAUUCAUAACAUCCAUUUCAACUUACAGCCAUUCGAGAGUUGACAAGGAAGCGGAGAAUACAUAUCUCUAUAUUGGUCUUGUAUGCUCCUUAUUUUGUGGAUUGCAACAAUUUUAAAUUCUAGGGCUCAAUUUGAAAAUCACCUCAAAUAUUCAGGGGGUUGUGUAAUUACUCCAUUGUUCUUUUUUCUUUUUUGUUGAUGGCUAAAACUAGUUCUUCAAAAAACCUUGCAUUUCCAAAAUGAGCGUGGCUUUUCUUGAAAAUGCAUAAAUAUUAUUACAUGUAUAGUCUUUAAUUUGAUA